UGCACUACCGGAUCAAGAUGACCACAGCCACCCCUCUGGGGGGGACCACCUUCUUCUCAUUGAACGUGACCACCAGAGAAGAUGACUUUCUGUACAAGAGUUCUGGAGCCAUCGUGGCUGCCGUUGUUGUGGUUGUCAUCAUCAUCUUCACCGUGGUUCUGAUCUUGCUGAAGGUGUACAACAGGAAAAUGAGGGCGAGGCGGGAGCUGGAGCCCAAGGGCCCCAAGCCAGUCUCCCCCUAUGCUCAAGGCCCUAACAGCAGCAGCAGCCAACAGCCUGCAACUGUGACCUUCAGCCCUGUUGACGUCCACGUGGAGACUCGGUGACCCCCACCCUGGUGCCAUCUCAGCUACUGUCUGAAGAGCCUUCUCCAGUCAAGACCAACAAGCACGUUUCUCCUUUGGCAGCUUCAAUAUGAGCUCCUUCCAGUCAGAUCGACAGGGGCUUCUCAUCCAAUCCCUGAAGCUUCAGGCAACCCCCAUCCCCAUCCUGCCCUGCCCUCUUCACCCCCACUGUGUCCGUAUCUCUGCUGCCACCUUACCGAAAAGCUGUGGAACACCCUUUUGUCAUCUGAGGAGCUGUUUUUAAAAUCAGUUGUGCAUCUUGGAAUGGAAGGCAUCUUGAAAACAAGGUAAUCAAUCCUUAUUCUGUAACAGAAAGUGAAGUGACACACUCUGACAUUUAACUUCAAUUCUAGGAAUCUCUCCCUCAUGGGAUUAGAAUCCCUUUUGAGGAGAAAUUGAGGAUCAGGGAGGUGAGAGGACUGACUCAGGCCAUCCCACUAUAAAAACGCUCACUUAAAUGUGUCUGGAGAAAUACUGGCAAAUUCUUCCUCCCCAGACACCUUUUCUCUGUACUGAGUUUAAAUACCCACCACGUACCAGGCACGUUGCGAGGUGCUUUCAUAGGAGUUAUCUUAUAGGAUUUAUUUUUCCCAAUAACCUGGGGCGUAUUCUUUUUCCCUUGGCAGAUGAGAAUCUCAAACUCAAAGAGAAAAAGCACUUGUCCAAAGUCACACAGCUAGGAAGUUGCAAAGACUCAAACCCAGGUCUCUUUGACUCCAAAGUCCAUCUUUUUGUUGUGUCACACUCUUCUCCACCAUCCCGGCUCAAAGAACAUGGAGUCCUUUGUGGACUGAACAAGAGGACAGACUUGUCCGUGUGUCCGAGUGGAGGUCAGGGGUCUGGCCUCCAAACCGAAAGUGGGGGCAAAGCCAGUUAGUAACCUCCUUUGAGCUCCCCUGAUUGUAGCGAGAGGAGCCCUUUCUAAACCCACCAGAGCUCUAACGAUUCCUGCUUCAUCCCCCUCUCCUACCCCCACUCCCCACUUAGGCCCAGGGAGCAAGGUGAUGAACCAGGGCAAAGCCAUUUCUUUAAGGACUCAAGUUCCAAAUAGAUAUGUUACCUAAAUGUAUUCUGCUUUAAAAACAAUUUUUUUUUUUUUUUUUAAUAUUCCAGCUCUAAAACCAGACUCUUCCGCCCACAGUAGCCUGGUCCUGGAAUUACUCGACGAGUUAUCUUCUAGUAUCUGUUUCUUUUGCUAAAUGAAAGCUUGGAAAUGGAGGAAAGAAGAGAAGUAGAGAAGUGAGGGGGCGGGAAAUAAAAGGGUUUGAGUGUUUUC